AUGUGUGGUGUAACAGAUGUCGGUUGGUCAAGGGAUUUAUUCUACCUCGACUUAUCAGAACCUUUUGAGGGCUCCUUGCCAUCGCUUGUUGAUAUUCCAUCUCAAUUGCCUGUAGAUGGGGCGUUUGUAACAGCAAGUACAGGUGGUUCCGAUAAUUCAACGAUAUUCAUAUUCGGUGGUCUAUUAACUUAUGUUGUAAAUGGAAGUGCUGAUAAUAGUGAUCUUGUUUUUACAUUUUCGACCUCUCAAAACAUAUGGGAAACGCCUUCUAUUAGCGGAACGUCACCUACACCAACUCCACGUGUAGCCGUAAAAUCUGUGAUAGAUAAAUAUGGGAAUAUGUAUUUAUUUGGUGGAGAUGGUGGAGGUGGUGUAGUGACAUAUAGUGAUAUUUAUAUACUAAAUACAAUCGAUUUAACGUGGUCAUAUGGUGGUAGUGUAAAUACAACACUUAGAAGGACACUCGCCACCGGUGUCUUACUAAAUAGCGGUGAAAUCCUAUAUAUUGGUGGAUAUACUGAUGGGUUCAAAGCAGUCGACAUCAAUACAGUAAGUAGACAGAUACUGCAACACACGGUCAUGAUAGAUAUUCAUAAGCAAACUAAUAUUUUAUAA